AUGAACCUGCAGCCGCAGAUUCAUUGCCGAAAGCGUUUUGCGGUGGGAGCGAAUUUUUUCUUCUCUAGACUCGUUGAGCAAAAAAAAAAAUGAAAACACGUGUGGAAAGCGUUCAGUGCGAUUCCGGUAGCUUGUUUUCCAUUACUUUGUCAUGCCUUCAAUCGUUUUUAUCUAGAGCUAUUUCAAAAAAGUUGAGGGAUUAUAAAAUGCAAUUGCGAAAUUCAUGAGUAACUGAUCUACCGUUUUUUUUUUGUCGCUGCCUGUCUUGAAACUUCAUUCUGAUAAUGAUUUCAACUCAUAUUCUUGCUGCCAUCCGAUAACUGCGAUUUACACAGAACUGGAUUAUUGUUCUCAACUCGAAGACCGAUUAAUCUUAGAAAGCUGAUUUUUUGGACACCUCUGGCGGAGUCUCCGCCUCCAGAACCUCUACGGUGGUUGGUCCAAGCUCUGGAGAACACGGAAGAAAAGUGGGCGUGUCCAGGUGUGCAUUGAUCUCACUCUCUUCUUCUCCCACACGGCCGUUUGUGCGUUUUGCGCGUGUGCCGCAUCCUCUUUUGCUCCUGGCGUAGUUGUUCUGGCAGGAGAGCACUCAUUCCAAAUGAAUCAAACAGCUCCGGCUCAACCGGUCCGCAACAUUUCUAACGCAAAUCAUCGUGCAACUUUCAGAAUUCGAUGCCAAUCGAGAACCUCAGACAAAAGUCCUGUACAUUGUUUUCAUUGCGUGAUAUUCGUUCAGAGAUUGAAAAAUGUAUUCACUUUUUCUUGUUUUCUAUUUCUUCGAACAUUCUAUAAGCCACGACAUGGUGCUGUUCAUGAACUGAAAUAGAAAUUGAAGUUCUUCUUUUAUUUUUUCCGAUAGCCUUUUUCAACUAUAGCGGAAGUUUUUCAAAGUUUGAUCUGUUAGAAUUGCACACCUCGCGUUUGCUUUUUUUUGGUAUUUCCUUAAAAAAAUGAUUGACUUUGAGGCUGAUGGUGGAUGUGGCGGACUCGCCGGUGAUGUCGGCGCCGCCGUCGACGAUCAGUACGCCGAGUUCGGACGACGCUCUUCGAAAGUUCAAAUGUCCCGAGUGCGGGAAGGCUUUCAAGUUCAAGCACCAUCUGAAGGAGCACAUUCGGAUACACUCCGGCGAAAAACCUUUCGAGGUAUUUUUUUUUUCUUUCAUAUUCACGUUUUUCAAUCUUGUUCUUUUAUAUUUUAUUGGAUUUUUUUUUUCAUUUUUUCAAAUCUUUUGAUGUGGUAGUUGGGGUUAGAAGAUCAAAAAUGUUGUUUUUCAUUUUUAAUGUUUUUUUUCUGAAUUGUUAAGCUGAGAGCUGAAAUGCUUGGACUCGACCUGAGUAUUAGGUACUGGCGGCACCUGUUCUGUUGUGUCUUCAUCAUUUAUCACUCGUCUGUCUUAUACCUGGGCCGCGCCGCAAAACUGCUCCGGUGUAACACAUGUUUUGCCGCACGUACUACAUAUGCUUAUUCGAAGGGAGGUCGCCGCUUCCUGGAAAUACAUUAGAAUGAAAGGAAAUUGACUGCUUCCUUCAAAAUUACUUUUUUCUAUUAAUGAGAACCCCAACUGAGCCAAAUCUCAUUUUUAUCAGGUCUCUAGGAAACUGACUAUGAUCUGAACCCUUCAGAAUUAGUUUGGACGAGUUGCUCAUAUGUUAUUGAAACAAUUCAAUUUCAUCUUUUUUCGGUAAUUUUCAUCGAAAAUUCAUUUCAUGUAGACUUACACCUUUUCGGAAACAAAGUUCUAGAUUUUCAACGAUUAAAUGACAAAAAUGCGUCGAUGUUCAAGCAAUAGUCUAUCGGACACAUUUCUUGCGCUUUUGAAGAAUUCAGCAAGCUUUCUGUAGUGAAUAUAAAAAUUCAUCAGUUUUCUUUUAGCUUUAUGGCAUCCAAAAAUUAUCGCGGUCAUCAAAAGACGCGAAAGUUUUAAUUUUAGGAAUGUGCAUAUAUAAAUUAUUUCUAACAACUUUUAUGAUAGUUUGACGUGUUGAACUAUGCAUAAAUUAAUCAACUUUUUUCUGAUAAUUUUUCCGAUCGCUCUGAAAUCUGAAAGCAACGUUCAUGAAUGAAACUCUAUUUUUGACUUUUUUGAACUUUUUUUCCUGGAGUAACAUCUAGGACCUUUUUGUUUAGUGUCACCGUAAUCCGGUUGCCAAGGUGCCAAGCGAUUAUAUGCGGCAUACGGUAACGGGGCGGCGAGCGUUUAUUUGCCGCAGAGCAGGUAACGUAGACCAGGUGUGGCGGCUGGAGCUCACCGUGUUUUGCGGAGUCUCCAGGCGCCUCAAGGUGUAUGACUGCUAGAGAGUACGUGCGCGACGGAGACCCGGCUGAAGGCUCGAGAGAAGGCACGACGUGUCGCGGCUUUCCCUCCGGCGGAUUAUGAAUUCACCGUUGGGUUUAGGUGGACACCCAAUCGAGGUGCUUUGUCCUCAAGAAACUUCUGAAUGUUUUGAAAUUUUCCAAAAUCGAGGGUCCUCAUGCCUCUCUUUUUCCCAUAGUUGGAACUUCGAAAGGUCCUCGUAGAUCUUGACAUAAGGUUCUAAGACAUCGAACCAUUUUGGGAAAUGCAAAAAUUUUUAUAAUUUUUUUUCUUUGAUUUUUUUCAAGUUCAAAACGCUUUCUGUUACUCUAUAAUUCUAACUCUUAUAAAUUGGACGAGUAUGAAGCUAAAAAGGAAAAAAUUUCUUUUUAUUGUUUCGAUUAAAUAUUUUAAAGUCAAAAGUUCACUAUAAACUUGUGGAAAACCAAAUAAACACAUUCAAAAAAAAUGAAGUUCCCUUGCGAAAUAUCCUUUGUGUGUAAAUAGUUCAUCAUUUUUGGAGAGAGCUCAUGAAAAAUUUUCUGAAGUAGGUUUAAGAGAAGUUUGCAAAGAAACAGAAUGGAGGUGGUAGCCUUCCUGCUCAUCCUCCCUGCGUGGAGCAUUCAUCGAAGGUCGGCGAUGGCAUUUUUGGAAUGAAUGGCCCCAGGGCAAUUUCAUGUGCGACUCGACGCCUCUCUGAUUAUCAACGUGGAACGAGCGAGGACGACGCGUUUUUGGAUGGGAGUGUAGGGCCAAAAUAAUUCGCCGAAAAGGUGGGAAGCGACAGCUCCUUCUGCAUCUGAAUUCAGCGCGGGAAAAAGAGGCUUUAAGCUGCCAGUGUCGUCUGCGGCCACACAAAAACAAGCAUUUUCUUCUCCUGAGAUUGUUUAUUCGGAAAAUUCAUUCGGGGGAAAAGUUAGUGAGUAGAGUGGUAGUCCAGUUAUUCAAGUUUCGAUUCAAAACCGUCCUAAUUAUCUCUGAAUUUCAGUGUGCCUCCUGCCACAAGCGUUUCUCGCACUCGGGUUCGUAUUCGUCGCACAUGAGCAGCAAAAAAUGCGUUCAACAGGUGUGUUGGCUGUCUUUUCAGAACAGAAUCAAAAAAUGUUGUUUCAGUCGGCGCCGACACUUUUGCAGCCGUUCAACCCGUACCAGCUCAUGAUGUACCGCAACAUCAUGAUGCAGCUGCAGACGCCGGCCUUCGGACUCAACGCUGGCGCCGUUGCGGCAGCCACCACCGACUCCAACCCGGCCGCCUACUUGAACUUUUUUCAGCAGAAUAUUUUGCAAGGCGUCAGUUUUUUCAGCUUUUUGCCAAUCGUAAAAUAUCUGCAAAUUUGAAACCAUAGAUUUUUAUCCUAUUUUCGAGCUCCUCUGUGGAUUGAAGUAUUCUUUUAGAAACACUUGAGGGUAUAUUUGAUAGAUAACUGAAUGUUGGACAUGGGACAGAGCCUCAAGACAUAAGCACACAGAUGUGCUCUCGCGAGAGACCCAAGUAUUAAUUAGGUGAAGAAGGUGGAAAGGAGAGUGUAUCGAGCAGCGUUUGAAAAUGAGAGUGGAGAGCGUCUGGAGUGUCUAGCUAGGCGAAGAGGUGCACGAUUGGGCCGCCGAGAAGCUCGGAAAUGAGUGUUCCUCGUAAUUACGUGCGCUUGCUGAAAAGGUGUGAAAACGACCUGAAAGCAAUGAGAGAAUGUCUGGAAAAACUUUUUUUUUGUUCAGUUGGAAAACGCUACGACGUCAUCAUCAACGUCGACGCCAUCGACGACGACGUCACCAUCGCUUCUGGCUGCAUACCUAAAUACGUCGGCCGCUUCAGAGGCCAGCCUUUUGAGCUCGCCGAGAACGUCUCCCGGCGGUUCUGCUGUCAAAGGCGAGGUUGAGAGGACGAAGGAAGAGGAGCCGAUCGUCGAGAAGAAGGUUUGUACUGUAAGAAUCUGAAAAAAAAAACAUGAAGAGAGGUAGAUCAUGUAUUCAAAUUAUCAUUUUGUAAUUGUGAAGCUUUCAUCUCUUCAUUCCCCUCCUUAAAAGGAAAUUUGGAGAAAAUCUAUCAGUUAUGAAACACUAAGUCUGACACUGAAAAGAGAUCUUUCCAUCAUUUUCUAGCCUUUUUGAAAGUUUCAGAAAAUUGAGCCUUUCAUUUUUGAGCCAUCUUUUUAUUUAGAGUUUUCAGGAAUUGUCUCAUUCUCCAGCUGCGGAGGAGCAUGCCGAAAACGGAGCUCUGGAAAACUUUGACGGCGACGGCAAAAAUUCUCCCGAUUGGCGUCCGCUACGGUCGCGAAGUUUUCUCAAUGAUUCUCAGGUUUACCAUUGGAAAUAUUUCGGCUUUUCAAAGUAUUCUUUCAGGUCGCCGUACUACAGACACAUUUCAAGCGCAAUCCGUUCCCUUCGAAGUAUGAACUUUCCGCUGUGGCCGAGCAGAUUGGCGUCAACAAGCGCGUUGUCCAGGUAUACCAUAAUUUGUCUUUUUCAAAAAUCGACUAACCUUUCAAUUUAAAAAAACCUACUGUUUUUUUGUGAAAAUUUAACGCUUUCGCCCAUUUUUUUGUAAAAAUAUUGUUUUGGAAUUUUUUUAUAGAUCUUUUAUACGAGUGUUUAUAAAAUUAAUUCCGCGUGAAAACCAUAUAAUCAGUUUGACGAAGGUUUUAAGAUUGUCUGUUGGAAUUACUUAUUCCGCCAUUUUCAAAUAUAUGGAAAAAAUUCGUUUAAUGUGUGUAUAUUUGGAAUUUUUAUUACGCUAAACUUUAAUACCAGCAGAGAUGAGUGAGAAUAAGAAUUUUUAAUGGUUUCGAUCUGCCACAGAAACAUAGUUUCAACUUGACAAUUUCAGGUGUGGUUCCAAAACACGCGAGCCAAGGAGCGUCGCAGCAACCGACUGCCGACGACUCCACGCGGCAACGGAGCUCUCGGAGUCGUGCCGGCCGUCGGCGGCCCUUGGGCCUCCCUGGCCCUGCCUCCGCCCGCCGUCCAGCCGAACGCCGCACAGAUCAUGGCCGCCUGGGCUCAGCAGUACACCGCCACCGUCUCUCAGGUACUUCGACUCCCUUUUGAAACCUCACCUAUCUUUCCGAUGGAAGCUUGUUUUUCAUUUUCUUAGACUAUCAAUCUCAAAACUACAGUUAACUACAGUAAACGUGCCUUUUUUAAAUUGAGAAUUAGGUCAAAAAAAAUUUUUUUUUGAUGUAAGUGGAAAAUUAACUUUUUUCUCGUUUUUAGCAACCUAAUUUUGCAAAAUCCUUGACCUUGUGUAAAAAAAACUCAUUUAUUUCAAUGCGAAUGUUUUUCUCACAUUCAAUAGGUGGUUUUUGCCAAAAUUCCAUACCAGCGUGGAAAACGUCCAUUAAAAGAGCUCUUCUACCUGCGUUUCGAGCGAAAAAAAAGUUCUCGAGACCUAAUCGAAAAUAUUUUGGCACCUGCGUCACCGUACCCCGCUGGCGCAAUAAAUUCAACCUCCUGCGAGUUUUUCCCACCGCAUAAACGAGCUACAGCUGUGGCUCUUGCUUUAUGCGCUCCCUAGGUGCAGGUUCCACGAAAAACUUCAGCCUGAGUCGUACUUUUUGAUUAAUUGUCUCGGUGAUUGUCAUUUAAAGUAUUCAUCGCAGUAGUUUUAUGAAUUCUAGAGUUCAAACUUAUUCUUCUCUUUAAAAUGGGUUCGACAGUCGCUUUUUCUUGCAAAAACUGAAAAUAUUGAAUACCCAAUAUAUUUGCUACAACAUUGAAAUAUAUUUUUUUGUCCAAAACUGGCGGAUAUCCUUUUCUGCCUACAGAACUGAAGCGCUAAAACAAAAAGAAAGAGGGGUUCAGCUCAGCCGGAUGCACCUCAAUUGGUUAGUUAUCGCCUCGGCUCGCUGCUCCUUUUUCAUCUCGGGGGUUCAGGUGUUGGCUGUCUCAUUUUCGUUCAUCCUAUUACCUCUAUUGCUACGAACACGGCAGAUGGGCAUUCGCAUUCAUAGAGACAAAAGAGGCGCGAGAAUAAGAGUCCUGAGGGUUUUCUACAGUAAUCCAUCACUUUUUUUUCAAUUAUAGAGAGUUUAUAACCAGAUUUUGAACCUACAGUGUUGUAUUUUUUUCAUAGCUUUUUUUCAUUCCUGAAAAAACCGGUACAUCCACAAGGUCACUCACAAGCGAAAUGAGAACAGAAACGGUAAAAAAAUUAUUAGUUUGCCAAUUUUUUUUCAAAAAAAUAUUAAAAAAUAGGAACGUUCACAAUUUUUUUUUUUCAAAAAGAGUGACGAAAUGCUCGAAAAACGGCGCUGUGAAGCGAGAACUCUAUCAAAACAGUUUUUUUGACAUUUUUUUUGUUCUCAUUGCUAGGUAACUUAACUUUGAACGAAACAUCGAAAAUCAAGAAUACCUCCAGGAUGAAUCAAUUGGCGUAUGAUUCAAGAAGUUUCACGGUGGUACUUGACAUUUGCUCGCCAUUCGAAACAAGGCAAUGAAUGUUUCCAUUUCACGCACACACGCUCCUUUUUUCUCUUGUUUUCUGAGGUGACGUACACACUAAAAGGGGAGGAUGAAAUUUACGUGAGACAAAAAGAAGCGCAAAGUGUGGAGCGUGAAAUAUCGCAUUUGUAUUAGGAGGAGACGCCGGGGGUAAACUGUUUAGGAGGUCUCCGCGACGCGAACCACCUGCUAAUGAUGCUCCAAGCGUAGUCCCUUCCUUUGUCUGUCAGGAGAAAUUCCCAGGGAUCUUUUGCAUUUCACGUUCCCUCGUUCGAAAAAUGUAAAAUAGCUAAAGUUCAAACAGCUAUUUGUUCAUAACUAAAAGCGCGAAGGCUCAAGUAGCAUUAAUUGUAUCUUUUCCCGGAAUGGAAAGUUUUCGAAAAAGAUGAAAAAAAAAACAUAUUCUUCGUUAGAUAGAGGAUGAAAAUGACGCAUUCUAGAACUCGGGAAUUAUCUCCCACAGCAAAUUGCUCAAAAAGCUUUUUUUAAGGGAGAAUCAAACACUGUACAUAGCGAUGACAUGUUGGAAGACGAGGAAACUAUGGAUGAAGAUAUCGCCGAAGGAAAAGAAACGCCUCUAGACCUGACGGUCAUUCGCGACGAAGAAGAGCCUGAGUGGAGUCCCGAGAAACUUGUCGGUUCGUGCAGUUACUGAGCAAAAAAAAAAGCUCCUCCAGUUGGAAUCUGAUUUUUUUUCUUUCCAGGUUUUCUUGACCAAAGCACGACGGCGCUGCAGGAGCUUCUGAAGCAGGCGGGCGGCGACUUUCUCUCCACCAACGACGACGUCGUCAAGAAAGAAGAGCCGACGUCUCCGCCGUCAUCGACUGUCAGUUCGAUCUGGCCCUCGUCCAGCAUGUUCAUCAAUCAAUACGGCUCGAUGCUUAGUGGGAACCUUUCUACCGAACUCCAGAAAGUUCUAGAGGUGAGUGAAAUUGCACAAUAAGUUACCAUAAAAAUGAAAUUCUUAUUUUUCAAAGGAAUGGAAAGAAAAUCUAGUUUCUGCUAGAUAUAGGCGAAAAAAAUUGUGAAGUGAACUUGAGAGUUUCUCAGUUUUUUUUCUCUAACAGUCACGUUUUUUAAAAGCAAUGAAGUAUUCGAAUAAGAAGUUAAAACUUUGACUUAAUUGGAUUGAAGUUUGUCAAACCGCCCUUCUGUAGAUCAUCAGUUUUCGUAAUUUGUGUGUAUUUCGUUCAUUUGCAGCAACGUCGCAGUGAAGACGACAACUCGAGUCUCUGCUCCAACGACUCCAAGAGAUUGAAGGGAAAACUGGCGUCGAUCGACGAAGGCGAAGGACUUUUCUCUUGCGACCAGUGCGACAAGGUGUUCGGAAAGCAGAGUUCUCUCGCGCGCCACAAAUACGAGCAUUCCGGUUGGUCUUCGAAUUCUGCUUUUCUUCAGUCAGUGUUUCAAGUUAGAUGGGGUAUUUUGAAAGCCAAGCGACAGAUGCACUUUCUAGUUAUUUGUUUAUGAGAUGAUUGAAUGCUCAAUACGGUUAAUUCCCCCGAAUCGCGAAAUCGAGGAGGAUCAACACGACUAUUGCACAAUAUGCGUUUGUGUUUGGGGAAAGAGGCCCCAUUUGAACCUAAUUGGACUAGUAGAGGCCAAUUGAGCAUUUUCUUGGUCCUGGCCCCAGACGUCAGCACGUCUUCUGCCGCCCUGAAGAGGAUUAACGCGAUUAACCGGUGAAUCGGCUUUCAGGUCAACGGCCGUACAAAUGCGAUAUCUGUGAGAAGGCUUUCAAGCACAAGCACCACCUCACCGAACACAAGCGUCUGCACUCUGGCGAGAAACCGUUCCAGGUCGGUUUUCCAAUUUGAGAUCACCUGAAACUGAAUCUGUUCAAAUAAAUUUUAUUCUUCAAUUAUUCAUCUUUUUCUUAUGUGAUAGAAAGUUGAUCUGUCAGCAUAGUAAACCGUAGUCAGAAUUUCCUAUUUUACAAGAUUUCCGGAAUCUUGACUGUUGCAGUAACACAAAAAUCGUGUACUUGAAAAAGUACCCUGAAGAAGUAAAAUUAAAAAUGAAAAAUCGGUUUUUCCUUUCGAGUAUUACUUACUCUAUUAGAAAUUAAAGAUCUGUUGGAGCAUAUGAAGAUUUCACAGUUUAAAUCCUAAAUUUUCUUCCUGAUGUUUUUCCAGCAAUUCCACAUAGAAUUGAUGAUCUUUUUCCAGUGCGACAAGUGUCUGAAGCGUUUCUCGCACUCCGGCAGCUACAGCCAACACAUGAACCACCGCUACUCCUACUGCAAGCCGUACCGAGAGGCCGGAGUCUCGGUGACGCCGUCCAACCUCGUCUCCGCAGCCGACGGAUCCGUGUCGCCGACGUCGCCUUCGUCCACGCCGACGCCGACGCCUUCUCAACCUGCCGGGACCCCUGUACAUUCUCGUUCGCCCAUUUCCACUGCAGAAUGAAAUCAAUUCUCAUCCAAAUCUUAGGUUUUCAUAGAUAUUUUAGAGAUCGAACCAAAUCAACUUGUAACACCUAAAGACUACAUCUUUCGAAUUUUAAAACUCGGAAAAGUUUACUCCGGUUCCAUUUUAUUUGGAACUCAUUUUUAUUUAACAUGCGAAUUUUGAACAAAAAAAAAGUUUAUUGCUGGUUUUUUUUUUCUUGUUGGUGUGGUAAUUUGGUUUCGAAUUUGAUCAUUUUUUCACUUGCCUCUGAUGAUCUCGCCUUUUUGUCAAUGAGUUUUUUUUUCCAUUUCUCUUCGAAGUGCUAUGCAAUCUUGCCAUGAGUUCUCAUAUUUUCGUACGCCUAUUUUUGCCAUCGCUCAAUGACCCUUUUUCUGGUUUCCUUGUCAUUUCAUAGCUUUUUCUUGUUGGAAACCCUCAUUAUUUUUUUUAAAACUGUACCUUUUUUUGUUAUUUUCCAAUCUCCCCUGCAGUCAGUUGGUGCUAUCUGUGUAUAAUUGAUAUUUAUUGGAUUCGAUUUCGUCACUACUUCAUUUUUGAUGCUUUUUUUGAAGGCCGGUGGUGUGAUUUCAGAGUUUUGAUUUUCGAUUUUUAAAUAAUAAUUUAUCUUAUAGUUUAUCGCAAUUGUGUGAGCUAGUCUUUUUACAUCCGUUCUUUGUCUGGUUUCUUGAGAUUUUUUAUAUCAUCUAUAUGCCGCUAAAUGCCUCCUCGAAUUUUGACCAACUUUUUAUCGCAAGGAAAAUGUGUGUAUUUUCGAGCCAAUGUAAUUUUGUUAUAAACAUUCUAAAACAUCCAAUGAGCAUCUCUCACCUUUCCGAAAAAAAAAGAAACAGUCAAUUUCUUCAGAAGAUCGCAACAAUGCGCAACGCGGGGUCAUCUGCAUACGGUGCGUUCUUUGUGUGCCCACAUCCGAUCAAUCAACACGCCAUCUGUACAUUACAAAUCCUCUGCCACGUUCGUCCCUAAUUCAUUGGAUAAAUAUUCGCCACCGUUUGGCGGGGUUUUGCUACAAAUUAAGGCCGAGCUUCGAUCUCGGAAGAAUUUUCCAAAAAGACAGUCUUUUGCAUUCGACGUCGUCGUUAACUGGAGUCUAGAAGACCGACGUUUGACAGGAAUUUGAGCUUUUUCGCUUUUUUCAGCUCCGGGUGUCGACUACCUCAAGCUCCGGAAAACUCGAACAAGUAGCCUUGUGGUCUCUGGAAAUGUAAGCAACGGAUUAACGCUUCAGGAAGUUUUCCGAAAGCAAAAUAAAGCAAUCACCUUUUUCGAACGUGUCGCCGACUGGCCCCGGAGUCUCCCC